GCCCACGUCCCACGGCCCGAACCAGUAGGCCAACUCGAGGUUUCUCCCCCUCGUGGCACGCACGCAGACCGACGGAAUCCGGCGACGAGGGUUUCUGCGCUCGAACAACCCGGGACCCGGCGGCGAGGAAGAGAGAGCGGCGGAGAUGGCGGUGAUGGACACGGCGUUCAAGGCGCUGACGGCGGGGCUGGGCGUGGCGACGCUCUACCUGGCCGGCUCCUUCUCCUUCAACGUCUACCGCGGCCUCGCCUGGCACUCCGAGCAAUCCAAGCUAGAAAAAGAAAAUGAGAAGAGCCAAGAUUGAGAGGGAAGGACGGCAAGUUAGUGUCGGACAUUACCAAUCAAAAGGAUCUGCAAGAAAUCUCAUCUUUUGAUGAUGAGUGGUCAUUCGUGGUUGAUUUUCGGACAGUUCCUUUGAUGUAAUAUAGAUUCAGGGAUUUGGAUGACCAUUCAUCUCUAUGUGCGCUCUAUUUUCACACAUUUCUUCUUUGUACUAAGCAUAAGGGUGCGCUGAGAUUAAAAACAAAAUAUUGGUGUUCUGUGUCUUUUUCCUCGAGCAUUAGACGCUCUUACAAUUAGCUAAAUUAAAUUCAAGUAUACGAAUGUUCUUA